GUUACGAGGCGGGGGCGGUACCGCAGCGCCGAAGGGGUGGGGCGCACGCUGGAUCCUAAGUGGGGUGGGAGCGCGAAGAUGGCCACGGCAGAGGAGGAGCCGAAGCCCAAAAAGCUGAAGGUGGAGGCGCCGCGAGCGCUGAGUGAAAAUAUUCUCUUUGGAAUGGGAAAUCCUCUUCUCGACAUCACUGCUGUAGUGGAUAAGGAUUUUCUUGACAAGUAUUCUCUUAAAGCAAAUGACCAAAUCUUGGCUGAAGACAAGCACAAGGAACUGUUUAAUGAACUUGUAAAAAAAUUCAAAGUCGAAUAUCAUGCUGGUGGUUCUACUCAGAAUUCAAUGAAAGUGGCCCAGUGGAUGAUUCAGAAGCCACACAAAGCAGCAACAUUUUUUGGUUGCAUUGGGACAGAUAAAUUUGGGGAGAUCCUGAAGAGAAAAACUGCCGAAGCGCAUGUGGAUGCUCAUUACUAUGAGCAGAAUGAGCAGCCAACAGGAACUUGUGCUGCAUGUAUCACUGGUGGCAACAGGUCCCUUGUAGCUAAUCUUGCUGCUGCCAAUUGUUAUAAAAAAGAAAAACAUCUUGAUAUGGAGAAAAAUUGGAUGUUAGUAGAAAAGGCAAGAGUUUAUUAUAUAGCAGGCUUUUUUCUUACCGUUUCACCAGAGUCGGUGUUAAAAGUGGCUCAGCAUGCUUCUGCGAACAACAGAAUUUUCACUUUGAACCUGUCUGCACCAUUUAUUAGUCAGUUCUACAAGGAACCAUUGAUGAAAAUUAUGCCUUAUGUUGACAUACUUUUUGGAAAUGAGACAGUGAGUUACUCUUUUUCCUUUUUUUUAAGUGCCUGUGCUUUUUGGUUUCUGGUUUGUGUAUAA